CUGUGUCAGGAGAAGACUCAGGCAUGGGGACCCCAGGAGUGACGUCACUUCCUUAACAGUGACAUCACAAUGCAGAAACCUGCAACCAGGCAGCCAACUGAAUAGAGACAGCUCAGAAGGAUCACUUGUCUGGAGACAAGAGAGCGAGUAGAGAUGUCCUGGUGCUGUUGGAGUUGCUGUUUGGGGAGUAGUGGGAGCUCCGACGACAGGGACAACUAUAGGACGGGGAAACACAGAGGCCACUGCGUCAGAGGUACCUGGAGACGAAGGAUUCAUUCGUGGCUCCAGCACCUCUGGCCAUUCGGCAGCCAUAGCCAGGCCGAUGUAGGUCAGGUAAGCACUCUGAAAUCUCGGUUUUCCCAAAUUUCACUCUUGGUGUUUGGCAGAGUGAAAGGGUCAGGAAAACAUGGAAUGAUAAUAACCAAUCAUGGCAUUGCAGUCCUGUGCCAGUUUGAACCACCCACCCUGAUCUCUCCUCAGGUGGCAGAGGACCAGGAGUCGGCCUCCAGGGACCUUACUGAGUCUGCCCCCGGGGACCAGAAGGAGGCCCUCCCCAGGGACCCGAUGGGCUCCUGCUUGGAGGCCCAGCUGGAGUCCCUCCCUGGGGAGCACAGGAGCUCCUCCUUGCAGGCCCAGCCGGAGUCUAUCCCCGGGGACCCAACUGAUUCUGUCCUUGGGGACCCGAUGGGCACGAGGCUGGAGGACCAGGGGGACCCGACUGAUUCUGUUUUGGGGGACCCGACGGGCUCCAUGCCGAUGCCAGAGGACCAGCUGGACACUGUCCCCGGAGACCCGACUGAGUCUGUCCUUGGGGACCAUAUGGGCACCAGGCCGGAGGACCAGGGGGACCCGACAGAUUCUGUUUUGGGGGACCUGACGGGCUCCACGCUGAUGCCAGAGGACCAGCUGGACACUGUCCCCAGGGACCCGACUGAGUCUGUCCUUGGGGACCUGAUGGGCCCCACGCCGGAGGACCAGGGGGACCCAACUGAUUCUGUUUUGGCGGACCUGAUGGUCUCCUUCUUGGAGGCCCAGCUGGAGUCCCUCCCUGGAGAGCACAUGGGCUCCUCCCUGCAGGCCCAGCCGGAGUCUAUCCACGGGGACCCAACUGAUUCUGUCCUUGGAGACCCUAUGGGCACAAGGUCGGAGGACCAGGGGGACCCGACUGAUUCUGUGUUGGGGGACCUGACGGGCUCCAUGCUGAUGCCAGAGGACCAGCUGGACACUGUCCCCGGGGACCCGAUGGGGACCACGCCGGAGGGCAAGGGGGACCCAACUGACUCUGUUUUGGGGGACCCGACGGGCUCCACGCGGACACCGGAGGACCAGCUGGACACUGUCCCCAGGGACCCGACUGAGUCUGUCCUUGGGGACCCUAUGGGCCCCACGCUGGAGGAUCAGGGGGACCCGACUGAUUCUGUUUGUGGGGACCUGAUGAUCUCCUCCUUGGAGGCCCAGCUGGAGUCCCUCCCUGGGGAGCACAUGGGCUCCUCCCUGCAGGCCCAGCCGGAGUCUAUCCACGGGGACCCAACUGAUUCUGUCCUUGGAGACCCUAUGGGCACAAGGUCGGAGGACCAGGGGGACCCGACUGAUUCUGUGUUGGGGGACGCGAUGGGCUCCAUGCUGAUGCCAGAGGACCAGCUGGACACUGUCCCCGGGGACCCGAUGGGGACCACGCCGGAGGGCAAGGGGGACCCGACUGAUUCUGUUUUGGGGGACCCGACGGGCUCCACGCGGACACCGGAAGACCAGCUGCACACUGUCCCCGGGGACCCGACUGAGUCUGUCCUUGGGGACCUGAUGUGCACCACGCCGGAGGACCAGGGGGACACGACUGAUUCUGUUUUGGAGGACCCGACGGGCUCCACGCCGACGCCGGAGGACCAGCUAGACACUGUCCCCGGGGACCCGACUGAGUCUGUCCUUGGGGACCAAAUGGGCCCCACGCCGGAGGAACAGGGGGACCAGCUGGACUUGGUCCCUGGGGACCCUAAGAUCUUAGACUUCGGGGAUCUGAAAAAAGUGAUCGAAGACCUGAUCACAUCCCUUCACAACGGGGACCGCGACCAUCUCAUAGCCUUCCUGAGUACCUACCCUGCUCAUACCACCAUCGAGCAGGUGCUGGAUGUCAUCUUCAGGCGGUAUGCACACUUCCGCCCCGGCUGCCAGGAGGAUGAGGGGAUCAAGAACGCCAUCUGCACCCUCCUGGACACGUGGACGAGCAUCUUUCCCGGGGACUUCUCCACAAGAUCAGGCUUGUGCGCCCUCAGUAAGAUGAAGGCGUACCUGAUCAUUCAUUGUCCGUACUCGGACGUCCUCAUACGUGUGCACGAGCUCCUUACGAGCCUGCUCUCAGAAACAUCGGAGGAGAGCGAUUAACAACAAGCCAGGGUGACACAUCUGGAGACCAUAAGAAAACUCUGCUGCUGCUCUGUGGAGGAGAGGACGACUGAGGGAGCCAGGAGCACAUGGUGCCGCAGCCUCCAUCAGCAUCCCUCAGCGUGUUGCCUUCCUGUGCCUGACCACCUGCCUUACUCGUGCUAGUAUGCUAAUCACCAGAUGUGUCACAGAUGACAAUAGAUGACAAUCCUCCUG